UGGACCCUUUCUUUCUUUCUUUUUUAUUUCACUGUUUUCUCAAGCAUAUCAAGUAUGAAAACGGGAUGGUAUUCUGUACUUGCUUAUGUCUGAAGAAACAUGCUCUACAAAACAUGCGCCAUUCCUUUACGGUCUGUAAACGAAUAACCACAUCCCAAUUACAACAUUCUCGUUUCUACAGCAAUACAUCGACAUCACUAUUACUUUUACGACAACCGUCACCUUCUGUACCUCGACUAAUCAAUAGAUCCUUACAAUACCCGACUGUCUUUCAUAGUCAUUCAUCACGACACUGGCGUUUCAUAUCUGUUAGCUCAUCUUUACCCUGUUCUUCCAACAAACAACAUGGAUUAAAAUACGAAAAAGAUGACAUGACUCCUAUUGAACACUUGGCUUCACCAACCAUAUUACUUCAACAUUGGUCUCAACCUAUAAAUAAAACUUCGAUGAAGGAAACAACAACUGACAUUUCUUCUCCAGCUAAUUACGAUCAAGCCAGCAAGCAUAAUUUGGAUACCACCAUGUUGACUAGUUGUAUACAAGAUGGACGACUUGGAGAUGCCAUGACUCUAUUGAUGAACUCGAAUUCAAUACACAAAGGUACAAUUGGAUAUGCUACGAAAGCUCGACGAUUGCUUUUCACGAAAUUAGCCCACUUGUCUUUUAUUGAACUGGCCGAUCUACUUGAAUCUUGGAUGCAGACACAGCGACAACAAAUACAUGAAGGACACAUUUCCAGUAAACGUUUGACACUGUUUCUCAAAGCACUUAUGAUGACCUUACCUAUGACCCUGGUGGAACAACUAGUACUCCGGUUUCCUUCUGAUUAUUAUUUACAAGCAGCUUUAGUCAGUCGAUACGUGAAAAAUUACUUGGCAAGCGACAAUGAAAGUGAUACCCAGUUGGGAACCAUGUUGGCAUUAUUAGAUACGUCCAUUAAGAGGAUUACGGAAUCACCAGAUACAAUCGUGCGAUUAUACAACUUGGUCUUGAAUGGAUGUUUAAAAAAACAGGAUUGGCAUCAUGUCGCUGAGGUAUUGUCACGAAUGGAAUCAUCGGGUUGUUCCUUGGAUACAGCUUCUUUCAACAUGUUGAUACGAUCUCGACUGGAAAAUGAUGAUGUGGAAGCAGCAAAAGCAUUGUACGAAGAAAUGGUACAGUUCUCUCUGACACCAACUACAGCAACUUACAAUACAUUCAUUAAACACGCCUGUCAACAACAAAGGUGGGAGGAUAUGACUUUGUGGAUCGAUCGAUUAUUGGAACAACAUCAACCAAAUCCGAUAACGUUACGUAUUAUGACUGCCGCUUUGACUGAUCAUACUGAUCAACCCCAAGUGUUGGAUGCUUUUGGUCGUGUUGCUCUGAUGGUUCCAGUGACGAAUGAAGAAUUGGAAAGGACGAUCAACGUUAGUGUAGCUCAAUUACUGCGUCAUAAACACACUCGUUUGGCAUUGGAUAUCCUAUACAAAUUAUUUGCUCCCCAGCCGAAUCUCAAGGACUACAGCCUGUCGACUCUAACUUAUAAUCUACUGAUUCAUGCAUUGGCACAAGAAGGGAAUAUGGAAGCAGCUGAUCAAGUACUUGUUUUGAUGCGAGACAAAAAAUUAGAUGAUGACAACAACAACAACAACAACAAUAUCAUGCCUAUGACCAUACCUGACCCUGAUAUUGUUAGUUAUACCUCACUGAUACAUGGAUAUAUCCGGACAGCAACAUCACAUGACAUGGACAUUCGACGUAUUUUGAAUUUGUACAAUGAGAUCAUGGAACGAGGCUUGGAAACAAAUGCAACUUUACAAUCAGUAGUUUUGUAUGGGAUGAUCAAGUCUAGAUUUCAGGAUAUCGAUGAAUGUGCUUCGUUAUUUGCUGCUAUGGUGGAAGAGGAUGAUGACAAUUUGGAACAACUGUAUGAUGGCAAAAUGGAACCUAAACUCGCCAAAAUGACAAUGUAUAACAUGAUGAUGGAUGGUUAUUUCUUACACCAAUACUAUGGAAAGGAUCAACAAAAUUCAACAUCAAAAACAACAACAACAACAACAUCUGGUCAACGGCAUAUACCACCAGAAGCAUUGACCUUAUUGAAUCAAGCAAUUGUAAGACGAUUACCAUUAACGACAGCAACUAUGAAUAUUUGGGUGCGUGGACUUGCUAUCUUCAAUCACGAUCUUAUUGCUGCUGAAGCCAUGGUGAAAUGGAUGUCUCUUACUCAUCAUGUGAAACUCAACGAACGGACGAUUUAUUAUUUGGUGCAAACAGCAAUCACUCAGGAUCGUUGGGACAAGGCAAGGAAAUGGAUCAAAAAGUAUGAAAGUAUGGGUCAAGUCAUUCAAGGUACUGGUCUUCAAUAUUUUAAAAAUAUGGUGAUCAAGUGAAUCAUGAUGAAUUUUGGUAUUCCCUCCAUUUUUUUUUUAUAUAUAUAUUUAUUUCAUCUUUAUUUUACAAUGUACACUCCCCUCCUCUCUCUCUCUCAUACUCAUAGAUUAGGUACAUUGUGUUGUAUUAUUAUUCUUUUUUUUUUAUUUAUUAUUUUUUGACUUGUAUAUUUUGACCAAAUUGGG